AAUGGUGAAAGUCCAGAAAGAAGAGAAGAAGACAAAAGAGGAAGACGGAAGACAUCUUCAUAACAGUAGCUUUGCCAAUUUAUGAUACCUACCAGUUUAAAUCCAUCAAACAUGAAUGAGGAGAAAUAUCCGCGAUCAUCGAUUGAGGAUGACUUCAAUUAUGGCACGAACGUCGCGAGCGCGAGCGUGCACAUCCGGAUGGAUUUUCUUCGCAAGGUUUACACCAUCCUGUCCUUGCAGAUUAUUGUAACCACUGUCAUAUCUGCUGUGUUUAUGCUCUGCGACCCCAUUAAAAGCUUUGUGCACUCAAGUCCCGCUCUUGUCCUGGUAUCUGCUGUCGGUUCUCUUAUCCUGCUCCUUGCCCUCGCUGUGUACCGACACCAGCACCCUAUCAAUCUAUAUUUGCUAUUUGGAUUUACACUGCUCGAGUCACUGUCAGUAGCUACUGCAGUGACAUUUUACGACUACACCAUAGUGCUUCAGGCUUUUGUGCUCACAUCUGCUGUGUUCCUGGGUCUCACUGCCUACACCUGCCAGUCCAAACGGGAUUUCAGCAAACUUGGGGCCAGUCUGUUCGCCGGCCUGUGGAUCCUGAUCAUUGCAGGUUUUCUGAGGCUUUUCUUUUACAACGACACCAUGGAGUUGGUUUUUGCUGGGGCCGGCGCGCUGCUGUUCUGUGGGUUUAUUAUUUUCGAUACGCACCUGCUGAUGCACAAGCUCUCACCAGAGGAACACGUCCUGGCGUCCAUCAAUCUGUACCUGGACAUAAUCAACCUCUUUCUGCACAUCCUGCGCAUUCUUGACUCAAUGAAGAAACACUGAAACACUUUAUUUCUGAGUAGAUUCAAAUACAGAAACAUUUUAAUUUAAUAAUCGGUAACACUUUACAAUAAGGUUAAAUUAGUAAACAUUCGUAAAUGCAUUAACUAACAUGAACAAACAAUGAACCAUGUUUUUUUUUUUUUUGUAGUACCACUAGUUAAUUUCAAUAUUCAUGUUAGUUAAUUAAUGUUAAUGCUUGAUUCUGUAAAUGUAUUGGUAAAUGAACAAAGAUUAAUAAAUGCUGUAGAAGUUUUGUUUAUGUUAGCUAAUGCAUUAACUAAUUACAAAUACAACCUUAUUGCAGUGUUUAGUAUCACAACACAAAAUAUAUUUGCAAUUUUCAACUAAUCGUAUCAAAAGUAACCUGUGCAAUGUUUAACAUUCACAACCAAAUGCUACAUAUCAUUUAUAUGGAUUUAUGUCUCACAGAGGAUGCACACUGGUGCAACUUUUGCAUCAAAGUUAUUUGUUAAGUGACUAUGUGCACCGUUCUCUUUAGAAAGUACUGUACAUGCAAGCGAUUUUGCAUAUCAUUUCUUCUUUGUUAACUCUUUACAGCAGGUGUUUGAAAUGUCACUUCUUGUAUGAUGUAUUACUUUCCUUAUGUUUCCAAACCAGGUGCAUCAUACAUUCAUCUCGCUUCGGUACUUGUAGUUUGGAUAUAUUUGAAAGCUACAGCAAGUUAUGAUUCUAAAAAAAAUACUUGAUCUUUUAAGCUGUGAUAGAUAUGAAUGCUAGUAUGCUUCCUGAAUUGUGUUUAGUGUGGUGUACCUCAUCUGUGCUAAUGUCUUGUCUAGUUGGGUGCAACCGUAAAUUAGUUAUAAUGGUUUGGGAACGCACUUUACAUUCAGCUUACACUUUUUGAUUCAUUUUGAUUGGUGCAUGGGAUGUUCAUCAUUAAAUAUGAAUAUUGUUGGCAUAUUGUUCAAUUCGACUUCCUCAGUAAAAAGGCCUAAAUCUACGUUAACAUUCCAAAUGCUAUCACACAAAAAUACUUCAAUACCAUAUAAACCCAAAAAAAAAUCACUAAUCUAUUAUACAAAAUUAACAUGUUUUAGGGAAAUCAUGCAUCUCAUCUCAUUUAAAUAAAGUAGAAAUAACAAUGUAAUUAAAAAGACAAUAUUCACAAUGAUUUAUAAAGAUGCCAGUAUAAUCCUGAACCUUAUUUAUUAACCAGACCCAAAGUGCAAUAUCUAUAAAACUGAAAUUCAUGCUUUUUUGUUAAAUAGAAAUGAUUUAACUCAGAUGUUAUAUUAUUUACACUUCUUUAAUGUACAGUACUCAAUAAAAAUGAAUGUGUUUUAA